AUGUUGCUGAUGGCCAUGCAGUGCCUACCUGGAGUCCGAGCUUUUCGUUGUCAUUCAGGUUUCAAUUGUCCGUGCGAUAAUGUGGACGUUGACAUCCCUUCCUUUUCUCUCGUGACUCAGUUUCCACCAACUGGUGUACAGCCGCAAGUUACUAGAACUCCAGGGGUAUAUCACACUGAAUUAGAGAAAGACGUUCGCGAUAGCAUGCAACCAUUUCCAACAGGCAUCUCCUACGUCGUAUUUGAUGAUCAUAUUGGGUUACCUCACCCAGAAUAUCCGCACCUAGAUAUUGUCCCUUCUAAGGUUCUUUAUUCCAACUCCGCUUGUUAUUACAAAGGCAACUGGUGCCCUGGCCUUCCGCACGUGGAAGAAAAUCGAAUUUCUAGUUGGCUCCUUGACCAAAGCACUAGAUCCCCAACUAAAUUCGCUACAGCGACUUCAUCAAAGGUUCGAUCCGGAUCACCUUAUCACAGUUCACUAUAUCUGGCACCCAGUUCAACGUCAAGAAGCCCUCCAAGAGGAACUGCUAUUGUCCACCCUUCUGGAACAGCGGGGCAUUCGCAAACUUCCGAAAUAUCAACUAAUAUUCCCCAUCCCACUCCAACCAGUAUGUCUCACCAAGAUAUAUUCGAACCAAUCGACAAAGGUCCAAUCCCAUCCAAUAUCAAUUCAAGAUCUGACCAUCCUGUACAAAAGGAUCAUAUUUCGGAUACUCCUGGCCCAAUAUCUACAAACAAGUUUUACGCAAACUUCUUUCUUGGCUCCCAGACCGGCUAUGCGUUCGUCCAUCCAUACGCAGUGGGAUGGGCCAAAGGGACAGGGAAUGCAAAAAGCUAUGGUGUCCUCAUAUCUCAUAUAGAAUCCCAUCAACUGGCGUUUGGUCCAAAGAGCCAGUCAAUUCCUGGCAAUCCAGUUCAGUUCUAUAUCAAUCCCAUUGGGAUUCAGUCGAUGAUUUUGUCUGCAUCUGAACUUGGUACUUCCACUGUCUUGACUGUUUCAAAAGCCAAUGCAUUUUCCGCGGACAUUAUUCUCCGUCCCAAUCGCGGUUCAAAUUCUACCAUUAUAUUCCCUUUAGUUCAAGGCAUGGGGUAUGUAACCGGUCUAUACAUGAGUCUACAGCCGGCGAUACAGUCCAGUGUGUUUUUCCGAAAGCUCGAAUCUGUAGCCUCUCCCAAGCCAGGCAUAUACAAAUACAGAGUCACCCUGGAAGACAACACCCAUUGGUUGAUUUAUGUGACACCCACAGGAAACGGAGGUAAUCCAAACCUCGUGCUGGUAUCAAAUACCCUCAUCAGUGGUCCGACUGGGUUUAGUGGCAUUAUCCAGGUUGCUAAAAACCCUAAUGGCUCAGCAGGGGAGGCAAUUUACGAUCGGACGACCGGUGUUUAUCCCACAGAGGCCCAUAUAUCAGGGUCUGUCGUGGCUCAUCAAGCGAUGGGGACUUAUAAAUUGACUUGGCAGAAGGCCGGGAAGAAUGUUAACAGCACCCCACUGCUAAUGUUCGCAUUGCCUCACCAUGUUCAGUCUUUCGACACUCACACCCAGCACAUGAAGACAGACAUGUUUCUUCGAACAACAACAAAAGGGAAUGCAACUGCCUGUGUGGGAAAUUCAUGGACCAUGGUGGAAAAGAAUCUUCCUGUUAACAUCGGAUUUGGCCCUUGGAAUCCAAACACCGGAACAGAAGCUACUCUCUCCAAUGCCACGAAGCAAAGGAUUAGACAUGUGGCGCCAAGCGAGCUCUCCCAAGAUAUCAGUCGGCAAACAAAUCUCAAUAGCAUGUACUUUAGCGGGAAAGCACUCAAUAAGUUUGCGAUGUUGGUGUACACCGUUUAUGAGUUAGUUAAGGAUGCCAGCUUGUCGGAAUCUGCUUUCAGCUCACUGAAAAGUGCUUUCGCAAGGUUUGUUGAUAAUAGGCAAAUCUUUCCACUUGUUUACGAUACUGUUUGGAAGGGCGUUGUCUCAUCGGGAACCUAUGUGACUGGGGAUCCGGGGCUUGACUUUGGCAACACUUUCUACAACGACCACCAUUUCCACUACGGGUAUUUUAUUCUUGCUGCAGCUAUCAUUGGAUAUCUUGAUCCAUCCUGGGUGGUUGCGAAUAAGGGUUGGGUUAAUACCCUUGUUCGCGACGCCGGGAAUUCGGUCUCAAAUGAUGAUUAUUUCCCCUUUUCCAGGGCGUUUGACUGGUAUAGCGGCCACUCCUGGGCUAAAGGAUUGUUUGAGUCCUUCGAUAGUAAAGAUGAGGAAUCUUCAUCGGAGGAUGCCAUGUUCGCAUACGCCAUCAAGAUGUGGGGAAAGGUCAUCAAGGACCGAAGCAUGGAAGCUCGAGGCAAUAUGAUGCUCGCAAUUCUUUCGCGAAGCUUCAACAACUACGUCUUGAUGAAAUCUGACAACGUUAACCAGCCGAGUAAUUUCAUCGCCAACAAAGUCACUGGAAUACUGUUUGAAAAUAAGGCUGACCAUACGACCUAUUUUGGUACCAACCUCGAAUACAUUCAAGGUAUUCACAUGCUUCCUCUGAUCCCUUCCUCUCCCUAUAUCCGUGGAAAGGGAUUUGUGAGUGAGGAGUGGAAUGCGAUGUUCGCGGAGAACGCCUCUACGCCUGCGAGCGGGGUUCAAGGAGGCUGGCAAGGGAUAUUGUAUGCUAAUUUGGCCAUUAUCGAUCCGAACGCGUCCUGGAAUUUCUUCAACAAAGAACCCUUUGACCUGUCGAAGAUCGAUGGGGGGGCUACGCGGACGUGGUAUCUGGCCUUCGCUGCAGGUAGGUUUUACCCCAUGGUUAUCCCCAAACGAACGUCUCGGUCGUUCUUUCGAGAUAUGUAA